AUGCCACCACCACCACCACCACCGUCUGAUCCACAGACUGAUUUUCCACAACUUUUGAAAGGCGGCACAAAGCACCAAAAGGCACUUAGCAGUGUGGGAAGCCUAGCAAACUUGUUACCUACAGGCACUGUUCUUGCAUUCCAAGCCAUCACGCCUUCCCUUUCCUACAACGGUAGAUGCCAGACCUUCAACAAGUGCCUUGUUGCACUCGUCAUGCUAGCUUGUUCUCUCGUCUGCUUCCUCUCUUCCUUCACCGACAGUCUGCAAAACGGGAAGAAUUCGAAAGUGUACUAUGGCAUCGCAACAUGCAACGGGCUUCACGUUUUCAACUAUGAAGACCCUGAGAAUGAAAAGAAAGCUCUUGGUGAUAAACUGAAGGAUAUGAGGAUUACAUCCGCGGAUUAUCUUCAUGCGUUUGUCUCGGUGUUUGUGUUUCUGAUAUUUGCUUGUAGCAGCUUAGAGGUGCAGACCUGCUACUUUCCGGCUGAGAUAAAAGAUCAAAUGGAGUAUUCGAUGGUGAUAUAUUUGCCUUUGGUCGUUGGACUUCUGUCAAGCUUCUUGUUCGCCUAUUUCCCUACUAAUCGUAGAGGGAUUGGCUACACAUGCAGAACAUGA